AUGGUUCACAAUUUCUCAAACCAAUCUUCUGAAGGCAGCAAUGCCAGCAUAGCUGAGACCCCAGAGCAUACAAGCUCAACCAGUGGCGAUGUGCCGCCUCUCAAACUAAAGAAACCCGAUAUCCUAUAUGGUUUGAAAACGAAGGAAUUCAAUAAGUCAGACCGAACUUUCUACAAAGACGAGAGCUGGAAGGGAGUCAAGACAGGUCUCAUAACCUCGGAGACUACUCAAUUUGACGAUGACAAUGCUGUUCUUGGAAUCGUGGUUGAAGUCAAUGUCCUUGACAAGACAGGUAAAUUGGGCAACAGCCUUGCAACAUGGAAGGAAGAACCUGCCGAUUUCGAACUCACCAAGGAUGCCAUGGUCUUCAAAGUCCAUGCACCCCGUCUUGAGAUCCAUUCCAAGAGACUGAUUGAUGUCAUGGAACAAUUGAUGGACUACUACCCUGAUAACCUGAGGAAUUUUCAACAGUACGCAUCGAAGCUUAACGGCUGUUAUGUUGAUAUCAUGCAUUUCUACGCCGAAUUGAAGGCAUAUCACAAGACCUAUAUUGAUUCCGUUCCGACAACUGACACUGCUACACGUGAGUCUUCGGACUGGAUGUGGACAAAGGAUAUAGGAGAUUGUGGUGAUAGUAAGCUUGCUGACAGGAUAAGCCAACGACUUGCAUUUGGGAUGCUCGACAUCACCAAGCCCUGUGACGCAGCGACUGCUUAUGACAUUGCUGUUUUACUCCGAAAUCUCGCGCCAAUGUACCGGAAUAGGGCGAUACCAACUUUGGGAAUAUUGCUCACAAUCAAUGACCCGAGUAUCAGUUAUGAGAGCGUAUGGCUUCUUUACAAGCCAGGCACAUUUGUCUACGUUUGGGAAGACGGGAAGCUGCUUUCCUGUGUCAUUGGGUCUGUUUCAUAUUUCACGGAAUGGAAGGACUCCAACGAUAGAAUCCAUCUUUAUGUCUGGUAUCUUUUUUCUGAUGGCAUAGAAUUCACGCGGCGUGUAAAAGUCAUCAACGUGGCACGCUACGACGGCUCCAGACUCGUCAGAGAUUUGGAGGCUGUGCCUUGUGAGUUUUAUGACAGGUUUGAUUCUGGACAACGCCGACAGAUCCUCAGAGAGCGUGGUCAGAAGUACCUCAAACUGAUUAAGGAGAAGACUGCAUACCGCGAAUACGACGAUGCUGGCUUGAGUUACAAUGGUUAUGUGAUUGUGGACGCAACAACAUAUAACCAGCAACAGGUGGACUUGGAGCAAGAGCGGAAGAACACCGUGCUGCAAUGGGUGAAUAGCUCCUCUCUAGAAUCAUACGCCAGGGACGAAGUUCUACGUCGCCUUACCGAUUUGAGUACCCAGGUCACAGACGCAGAAGGUGGCAAAAGAUUCCACGAUAUCACAAAGAUCGAUCCGAAUCACUGCGAGACUCAUAGACUCAUAGAGGAUAUUUACCUGCUCUUACCAUCGAUGAUUGGAGGCUUCUUCCUGAAGACCAAAAGCUGGGUGAAUCUCUGUGUUGACUGGAUCUCGAAUUCUCCACCUAUCCCAAGACCCAAUCAAUUAGACAAUGAGCUUGUCAUGCUCGAUGACGACGACAAAGAAAGCUUGCGGACAGUUUUGCCAAAGGGAGAGAAACCGAUCGGAGUUUUGUCAGACUUCAUCAAAGACAAGGGCGAAGGCAAGGUAUUUCUCCUUCAUGGACCACCAGGCACCGGCAAGACCAUGACUGUGGAGUGCAUCGCAAACGACACCCAGCGCCCACUCCUGGCUUUGACGGCAGCUGACAUUGGUUUGAGAGAGAACAGUGAGGAUCAACUGCGAAUGUGGUUCACUCUUGCUGCAAAAUGGGACGCCAUCCUUCUCAUAGAUGAAGCUGAUCUAUUCCUUGAACGGAGACGUGAGGGAGAUGUCGAUCGCAACAGUCUCGUGACUGUAUUCCUGCGAACGAUGGAAUAUUAUCAAGGCGUGCUGUUCCUUACAACGAACCGUCCGGGACAUAUCGACGAUUCGUUCAUUUCAAGGAUAACAGUGCCCAUUCAGUAUCCGAGUCUUCGACCAGAGACCCAGAAACUCAUCAUCGACAAACUAGUUCGCAACUCUCAAGAGACUGGCACAAUAUUGGUGGACCCCAAGGCAAAGCAAUAUCUGAUAGACAACUGUGGCAGCCUUAACGGACGUCAGCUCCGAAACACACUGAAUAAUGCUGUCUCAAUCGCCGAAAUUCAGAAACGGCGUAACCAGCAACUGCAUAGCCAAGACUUCAUCAAAGUAGAACGUCAUCAUGUGGUAACCGCGAUUGGACGCUCAACCGGGUUCAUGAAGUACAUAGACCAUAUGGGAGGUAAGGAUGAGUUUGCCAGAGCAAGGAGAAGAGGGGAUUAUCACGUCGAAGACCAUUUAGACAAGGACUAG